UCAUCUCGCAAAGAUCCAGAAGAAGAUGUACCUUUGUCUGUUUCUCGAAGAUUGAGGAAUCAACGAAAUUCAAUAAUCUACUAUCUAUCCCAAGUUCCUCCCGUGCUCGAGGAUAAGUUGGCCCCGGGCGAAUUUAUUGAUACUAUCAACGACCAGCAGCUAGUUCAAUUCCCCAUUCUAACAGAGGAGUUGGUCGAAACUGAUAUUAUUCCCAGGGCCUCUGUCAAGAGAAGUAACCAAUGCUCCGAUAAUGACGACUUACUAAAGGCAUGGAAUUCACGCCGCAAUUGUCUGAUCGAUGCCUUAUUACAAACAAAAAUCCCUCCUGUUCCGGACGACAUAAGCGUAAAUGACGAGGAACAAGACACUUACUACGAGGUAUUGAACCAUCCUCCUGAGAUGCCGUCCAUUAAUUAUUUCUCUAACGAUGUUCUAUAUUACAAUAACGGGAUUUUGGAACGUCCUGUCGUGGAGCUCCCUCAUCCCGUCGUUCACCACUUAUCCUUAUCAGAUCUCUCCUGGAGUGACAGCGAGAGCAGCGAUGAGGAUGACUCGAUGAACUCUUAUGAUGAUUCCUCUGCUCAUAGUGUCUGCUGUACUACUUUAAAAGAUUAUUUAUGUCCCAUUUGUUUAGAAGCCCCGCAUAAUCCUGUAUCUACUCUUUGUGGUCACAUUUUUUGUGAAAAAUGUAUUCGAAGAAUGUUUAAAGUACGUAGAGCGUAGGCUUGAGCUUAUUGCGUAGAAUUGCCUUGAAUGGAAGUGUCCGCAAUGUCGGGCUCCCCUCACUCUGGACGACUUUCAUCCGAUUUAUCUUCCCUGAUGUUGUUUUCAUUUAUAAUGUAUUUUGCUUUUGACAUGUUUGUCAAUCAAAUAACCGCGGUGUGGAUUGAAAGCUUGACAAUCCCACUUUUGUUUUAAUCGCUUACUGAUUUGCUUUGUUUGUCCCUUUAUCACUCCCUCAAUAUGAAUACAAAUCCGUCGGAAGAAUCCCUCAAGAAGCAAUCUUGUCUUCGCUUCCCUUGUCCAUGGAAUAGAGUUAAUAUCAUUGACAGAUCGAAAGAACUAUACUACAUCAAACUCCAACAAAUGUCUGUUAGAAAGGAGGACACGGAAAGCUACGAGGAAUCGUCCGAAGAUGACAUGAUUUCUACUAAUGACUCUGACUCUUCAGAAUCAUCAAGAUGUUUGUACAUAGACUCAUUUGAAAAAAACCCAAAAGUGCAAAAACACGAAUUCUUUAGAAUGCUGCGCGAUCCUGAUUCUAUCGACUCGAUCCAGUUUUUUGGCAGGUAUGAGGAAUCACCAUCAUGUGAAAGUCCUUUCGUGCCUCCUCACCUGGCACGUUACAAUUUUUCAAAUGAAUGUUACUCUUACUUUUAAGCUUACGGAAUUUGCCUAUUUCUUCUUUUCCGCGCAAAUUAUUCUUUAUUUCUU